AUGUCGCGGCGGGCCCUGCGUCGGCUCCGGGGUGAGCAGCGGGGCCAGGAGGAGCCGGGGCUGGGCGAGCUGGGCCUGGACCCGGACCCCGGCUCCGAGACACGGGAGGAGACACGGCCGCCUGUCGUCGCGAAGGGACCCCGCGGGCCGGCCCGCACUGGUGUCAGCAACCGCUUCGAGCUGAUCCUCGCUGAUGAGUCUGAGGAUGAGCUGCUGCCUGAGGAGGAGCAAGCCUCUGCCUGGCUCAGCAAGCAGAACGGGGCAGGAGGGAAGCAGGAAGGGGCUGUGCCUGAGGACACCAGUGGUGAUGGGCAGAGAGAUGGGGAGGAGGCAGAGCAGGACCAAACGCCUGUGAUGACUAACAAGUCACGAAGGAAAAAGAAGAAAAGGAAAACCAAGAAGACGUCUGCGGGGGAGGCUCUGGAAGACAACGGCCUGGAGGACAUCGACAGCCUGCUGGAGAAGAUUGAGGACACCAAUGAGCUAUCACAGCAGACCCAGAGCGGAGUAAUCCCCGACAGCCGCCCCCUGCUCUACGUAGAGCACAGAAACCUGAACCCAGAGAAUGAGUUGAAGAGAUACUUUGGGGCUCGUGCUGUUCUCGGUGAUCAGAGGCCCAGGCAGCGGCAGCGGCAGUACGUCCGCAGCACGUGGCUGACAGCCCCCAAGAACACUUGGCCACGCUACAGCAAAACAGGUAUUACCAUGCAGCUGCUGGACACCAGGAGAGGGGUUCAGCACUUCACCUUUGAGCACCAUCGUGAAUACCAGCAAGUGCAGUUCAAGUUCCUGGACGCUGUGGAGUCCAUGGACCCCAACAACAUUGUGCUGCUGCUCCAGAUGAACCCAUACCAUGUGGACUCCCUCCUGCAGCUCAGCGACGUGUGUCGGAUGCAGGAGGACCAGGAGAUGGCCCGAGACCUCAUAGAGCGGGCUCUGUACAGCCUGGAGUGUGCUUUCCACCCUGUGUUCAGCCUCACCAGUGGGACCUGCAGGCUGGACUACCGCCGGCCGGAGAACAGGGCUUUCUUCCUGGCCCUCUUCAAGCACCUGAUGUUCCUGGAGAAGAGAGGCUGUCCCCGGACAGCCUUGGAGUUCUGCAAGUUGAUCCUGAGCCUGGAUCCAGAGAACGACCCUCUCUGCGUGCUGCUGCUGAUCGACUUCCUGGCCCUCCGAGCCAGGGAGUACAGCUUCCUGACCCGCAUCUUCCAGGAGUGGGAGAGUCACCGGAAUUUGUCCCAGCUGCCCAAUUUUGCCUUCUCGGUGCCGCUGGCCUAUUUUUUCCUGAGCCAGCAGGAAGAACGCCCAGAGCUGGAGCGAAGCCAGGCUCGGGAGAGAGCUGCCCGGCUCAUCCAGCUCGCCCUGGUCAUGUUCCCAAGCGUCCUGAUGCCAUUGUUGGAUCACUGCAGCGUGCAGCCUGACGCCAGGGUCGCAUCCCAUUCCUUUUUUGGAUUGAAUGCUCAGAUAAGCCAGCCCCCUGCCUUGAACCAGCUGACAUCCCUCUACGUGGGGAGGACUCAUGCCCUGUGGAAGGACCCAGCUGUCAUGGCCUGGCUGGAGACCAAUGUCCACGAGGUUUUGCGCAUGGUAGAUACCCAGGACCCAUUGGUGGAGGAGUCUGAGCACAAGAGGAAGAUGCGAUACCAGAGUGCACCCAGGAAUAUCUACCGGCACGUCAUCCUCUCUGAGAUGAAGGAGGCCACCGCGGCUCUGCCUCUGGAGGUGACCUCACAGCCAGUGAUGGGGUUUGACCCUUUACCUCCUCUGGAUUCCAUCAUUUCCUACACCAGACCAGAAAGAACAAACCAAGCCUCCUAUGAAAGCACUUUAUCUCUCUUCUUCCGCUCCCUGUUGCCAAACUUUAACCUGCAGGGGGAUGUCAGGCAUGACGGGGACAACGAGGCUGGAGCAGGACAAGAGCUCAAUCAGGGGGUGAACAGGCUGAUGGCGGCCAUGCGGGACAUGCUGGCCAACAUCCAGUUCCAGGAACCCCCCCAAGAUGACAAUCCUGAAGGCGACGGAGACUGGGACUGACCUGAGAAUGCAUUACAUCCCCCCCCGCCCCCAAACUCUCUGUAACU